AAAGUUGGCAGUGGCUCAUCAAUGAUAAACUCUUUAUUUGUAAUAACAGAAAAAUUAUCAGCACUUUCUGGAAAAAGCUAUUUAGAUAGUGAUAUAUUAAAGAAUAAAAGAAUUCUAUUGCUUUUAAAUGGUGGUAUUCAUCAACAUGCUCCGCUUGUUAAUCUCUGUACCAAAAGUUUCAGUAUGCUCCCAUUAAAUAAUAAAUUUGUGGGUGACUCUCCAGUGUAUCCAAUCGAUAUUUUAUUAUCUAAUUUAAAUGUCAUAUUACCUCAUGCUCAGCCUGGCUUCAUGGUGUGUUCUACCGAAUCUUUAAUAUUUUUAGAUUUAAAUGAUAAGAAUCUAAAUAGUCCCUCAAGUUGGCAAAAACCUGGUGUAUCAGUUAUUACAAUGGAUGUUGGUCCAGACUAUUAUACAAAUCAUGGUGUUUGUAGAUUAAAUGAAAAAGACGAGAUUUUAGAAAUUGCCUAUAAACGAAGUGCAGAAUAUUUAUCAAAUAAUGGUUUCAUAUCAAAAGAGGAUAAAGCUUCAAUAUAUACUGGUUUAGUCUUCUUUUGCCAAAAAACAACUGAAAAGCUAUUAUACCUCCAUAAUACACCACCGUUAGAUUCAUGUACCUAUUUGGGUGUCGAUAGUGGUUCCCAAUUAUUAAAAUUUGGUGUUUUUCCAGAUAUUUUGUGUGCAAUGACUAAACAUGAAACAUUAGAAAGUUAUUUAAAUCAACCAUGCUUUCCGGGGUCAAAUAAAAAAUUGGUAGAGGGUGCAAGAAAAAUUGUUUGGAAAACAUUUAGAGAUAUAGAACUGCAUUCAAUUAAAAUAAAAGGAAAUUAUUAUUAUUUUAAAAACCCAAUGGAUUUUUUGAACUUUAUUCAUAAUAAUGGUAAAUAUCAAAUUUCAAGAAAAAUGCAUUCAUUCAUUGCCACUAAAAGUCCAUGUAAUGGGGUUGUUAUCAAUAGUAUAUUACUAGGUAAUGGCAAGUGUUCAGAUACGAGUAUAAUCUAUAGCUCUGUAUUAAGUGGGAAUUGGUCAGUUGGUGAGGACUCUAUUGUGUUUGGUGCAAAAUCACUCUCUGCUAACUACCAUAUCAAAGAUAGAAUGAUUGUAAAUGAAAUACGUUUAAAGCCCAUUAAAAUGAAGCAUUCAUCAAAUGAAACUCCUCGAGCAUUAUUGGUAUUGGGUAUUCAAGAUGAUUUAAAUUUAUAUUUUACAGAUCCAAAUGCUACAAUUGCGAAUAGAACAUGGGAGGAAUUUUUAAAAACUUCAGGUAUAGCUCCAGAAGAAUUGUGGUCAAAAGGUUUACCCAGAAUUUUACGUACUGCUCGUUUAUUCCCAAUUAUUGUGGACGAUGAAGAUGAAAAAAUGAUCGAAGCAUCUCUAUGGAUACAAAAUAAAGAAUCACCACCAUUAAGUGUAAUUGGUAGAUGGAAAUCCUCUAAACGUGUUUCUAUUUGCGAUAUAGGCAACAUAGAAGCAGAUUUUCAAUCUCGUCGUGAAAUUUCAUUUCAAGUGGAUUCUAUGGAAAUUGAAAACAUAUUGGUAAAUGGUUUGGAUCAAUCAAUCAAUCCAUUCAUUCAUAAAUGGGAUGAAAGUGGUAUACCAUUAGGAAGAGCAUUAGAGAAUUUAGAUCGAAUUUCGUUUUCAACUCCAUUGCAAUUUACCGGUCGUUUAUUAUCAUGUAUAUCCGAUACAUUAGCGAUUUAUGUAAAUAAUAGAGGUGGCUUAAGAUCUGGACCUGCGAAAAACUAUAGCUGGGAAAAAGCUUUCAAUUAUUUUAGAAACCACGACGAAAGAAAGGGAUUUUUAUCAUUAAUUAAAGAACGUACUAAAUGGUUGAAUUCAAAUGAAAAUAUGAUUAGGGCUGCAAGACACUAUGAAGGUGCUGGUCAAAUAGUUAUUAAAAACAUUGUGGAUACCUGCCAGACUCAACUAUGUAAAAUGGAUCCUGAAAACUAUAGAAUUCUUCAACAUAAUGAAUGGGUAUGCAUUUCAUUACCGGUAAGAAUAGAUUUAGCAGGUGGAUGGUUAGAUGCAGCACCAAUAUGCUAUGAACAUGGAGGAAAUGUUAUAAAUGCCGCUGUUUCAAUUAGAGGAAAGAACCCCAUUGAAUGCAAAGUAAGAAGAAUUAAUGAGCCGGUAUUGAUAUUCAAUGUUGUGGGUUCAUCAUUAGACCCGGUAGUAUGUAGCACCUUAUUGGAUCUUUUAGACUAUGACCAACCACAUGCUCCAGCAUCAUUAUUGAAAUCAUGUUUCCUUCAAUUGGGCCUUAUAGAUUAUUCAAGAAAGUGUAAAAUAUCUCUAAAAGAACAAUUGGAAAAAUUAGGUGGUGGUAUUGAAGUAAGAUCAACAUCAAACUUACCCACAGGUUCAGGUUUAGGUACAUCAAGUAUUUUAGCAGCAGGUCUAAUAUAUGGGAUUGCAUAUGCAUAUGGUUAUAAAUAUAGUGACCAACAUCUUUUCCACGCAGUAUUAAAGGUAGAACAAAUGUUAACCACGGGUGGUGGGUGGCAAGAUCAAGUAGGUGGUGUACUUGGUGGAUUUAAAGAGGGUAAAUGCAGUAAAUUCCAAGCAAAAGGUGACCACAUCAAUGUUACAUUUGAACAAAUUCAAAUGUCAAAUGAGGAUAUUGCAAAGUUUAAUCAACAUUUAUUAUUGGUUUAUACAGGCAGAACGAGAUUAGCAAGAGAUUUACUUCAAGAUGUUGUAAGACGUUGGUACGCUAAAACUUCAGAAAUAUUGGAUACCACUAAUAAUCUUCUUAAAACAACCGAGAAAAUGAGGGAUGCAUUAAGCAAAUGUGAUAUAGAAGCUAUUGGAAAAAAUUUAAUAGAUUAUUGGAAUCAAAAGAAAACAAUGGCAGCAGGUGCAGAACCAUCAAGAAUUACAGAGUUAUUUAAUAAGGUUAAAGAUUUAGUCCAUGGUUACUCACUAGCAGGUGCAGGUGGCGGUGGUUUUAUGUUAUUAAUUACAAAAGAAGACUGUAGCUCCACAAAAGUUAAAAUAGAAAAUAUUUUGAAGAAUGUAGAUGGCUUUGAAACUGUCGAAUUCUUUGAAGCAACUAUCAAUACUAAAGGUUUAGAAACUCAUUUUGAAAAGGUUCAAGACUUUUUAACAGUUCCAACUUUUGUCUCAAAAUAAAAAUUAUUUUUUUAAAUU